AUGUCAGUUUCGUUAUUACAACCUUAUUUUUUUAUGUCAAAGACAAAAAGCUACGCGCAAAUUCUCAUUGGAUCUCGGUUGUUCUUAACAGCGAUGGCUAUUCAUUUAAGUCUUCGGGUAGCACCACCAGAUCUUCAACAAGGUGGAAAUUCUCGUAUUUCGUAUGUACAUGUUCCUGCGGCUCGGAUGAGUAUAGUUAUUUAUAUCGCGACAGCUAUAAACAGUUCCUUGUUCCCAUUAACAAAACAUCCCCUUUUUCUUCGCUCUUCCGGAACCGGUACAGAAAUUGGUGCUUUUUCUACUUUGUUUACGUUAGUGACUGGGGGGUUUCGGGGAAGGCCUAUGUGGGGUACCUUUCGGGUGUGGGAUGCUCGUUUAACUUCUGUAUUCAUCUUGUUCCUUAUUUACCUGGGUGCACUGCGUUUUCAAAAGCUUCCUGUCGAACCGGCUCCUAUUUCAAUCCGUGUUGGACCGAUCGAUAUACCAAUAAUAAAGUCUCCAGUCAACUGGUGGAAUACAUCGCAUCAACCUGGGAGCAUUAGCCGAUCUGGUACAUCAAUACAUGUUCCUAUGCCCAUUCCAAUCUUGUCUAACUUUGCUAACUUCCCCUUCUCUACCCGUAUCUUGUUCGUUCUGGAAACACGUCUUCCUAUUCAAUCUUUUCCCGAAUCGCCCUUAACGGAAGAAAUAGAAGCUCAAGAAGGAAUACCACUAAAAACCUAG